AUGGAGAAGCAUUCUUCCAUAUUCUACGCCAUCCCGUCGCUCCCAUCAUCGGACUGGGAGUCACAACAUUACCAUGAUUCCUUACGCCUUUCUGAGAGAUUUUUGUAUUUUGAUUUGCCGGAGCUGUGUUAUCUUGUCGCCAAAUCAACGAAGCGGGAGACCUGUGAUAUAUCACGACUGGUGAAAAUUGCCGAGAGUCAUUCCUACCGUAUGCUGGAAGUAACAUUUCUUGAUGGCCUUAAGGUCAUUGUACGACUACCGUAUCCAUGCACGACCCCUCGCAAGUAUGGUGUUGCUAGCGAGGUUGCCACCAUGGAGUUUCUGCGUGAUUAUGAUGUCCCUAUUCCAAAGAUUCUCGCUUGGAGCUCGUCAAACAAUUUAGUUGGCUCAGAGUUCAUUCUUAUGGAGGGGGUGUCUGGAAAGUUAUUGUCGGAGACAUGGUAUGUCAUGACAGACGAAGAAAAGCGAGGGAUCAUUAAGAAGGUUGUAGAUAUUGAAAGCACUCUGUUCAAAAUAAGGCUUCCCGCUCAUGGUAGCUUGUAUCUGCAAGGUUACCUGGAUCGUGGUGUUCGGACUGUUGAUAUACCCAACGAUCAUGGCUCCAACAACCCAGCCAGGUUUUGUAUUGGACCCUCCACUGAACAACCUUGGUGGCAUCAGAAGAGAGAUGAGCUUCCUGUUAAUCGCGGUCCCUGGAGGACUGCCGAAGAGGUGCUGAAAUCAGCUGGCGACCGUGAGAAGUUAUGGCUACAAAGGUUUGGCAAGAUGCGGUACCCGAAGGGGGCAUUAUACAGAGAGCCAUACGAUGGCGAAAGGGUAGAUCCACGGGUUCAAAUCGAGCAUCUAUCCGAUUACAUGAAACUUGCUCCGUAUCUGGUACCCAAAGAAGAAGAGCUGAAUAUGCCCACUAUUCGUCAUCCUGGUCUCUCACCAAGCAACAUAUUUGUUUCCGAAUCUGGUGAAAUCACUGGAAUUAUCGACUGGCAACAUACCACUAUUCUGCCAAAGUUCCUGCAAGCUAAACCCUCUAAGUGUUUGCAGAACGAUACCUCAGAAAAAUUUCGGCGUUUAGACUUUGCAAAAGACGCCUUGUAUGUAGGGAGUACUGAGACGCAAAAAGAGGCAGAGCGAUGUCAGCAGCGUGAAGGUUUCCAUCUUGACCCUACGAACAUAGACGAGCUUGACAGCGCCCACUUCAGCACAACAGAGAAGCGGAGUCUCUGUCUGCCAAAGCAGAUUUAUGACAUUGCUAGUCGACCAUGGGAAGGUGAUAUAACAUCACUUCAGGCCCACUUGAUCAAGGCAUUGGCAGAGUGGUCUGCAAUUGCCUCGCCAGAAGAUGAACCUCCAAUCCGCUACUCUGAGGAGGAAAUCAAGGAAUGUCUCGACGGGCACGCGAAGCAGAAAAGGGCCGGCAAGCGGGCACAACUUGUAAGGGACUUCAUUGGAUGUGAUGUCGAUGGACUGGUGCGUACCGAAGAUUAUCAAAACGCUUUACGAAGGGCUCGAAUGGCCAAGAAGAUCCUGAUGGAAGGCAGUACCGGCAACGAAAGGAAGAAGCAGUUUCGUAAACUGUGGCCUUAUAGGACCAUAAAUCGAAGUUGA